AUGGCGGCAAACGGCACAUCGAGUAAGCUCAUAGACAAACUUGGUCCAGACGGGGCGGAGAAAAAAAGAACACGCAUGCCGAAACGCAUCAUGAGAAGGACGAAUGAGACGCCGCUGGAGUAUUUGAAAGUCAUGGAGGAUAUAUACAAGAAUCUACACGAUAAUUUGAAAUUACCAGCGAAGACUUACGACCAGGAGGCCGCUGCUGCGGCGGUUUCAUAUAAGGCAAAGAUGUCGGAGUUGGUGGACAAGGAAUAUCUUAGGCCAGGUUCGAAAAUGGAUACAAUGACAAACAGCUUGCUUGGUACCAUCACUAGGACGGUCAAUGGGCAGGCAAUUAUGGUAAUUCGGGCUGCACGCUGGAUAUCAUAUCAACAAGACCACAUAGAUCCUCAAUUUACCUCGAAUGUCGCAGACCCUAUAAUAUCUCUCCUCUUCAGUUGUCUGGGCCCCAGUCCUCAUCAGGUGGCCGCUGACCUCGUCGUGCAAUGGCAGCGGUACCAUGAAAUUGCUCAUACAUUUGGAUGGCGUUAUCUCACUGUCCUUGCGUUCUCAAACAGGUUCAGGGAGUACGCCUUGAAAGCAGAGGAGCAGAAAUGGGUUGAGUGGCUCAACUACGCCGACGAUGCACGGUUGAGUAUUGAGGUUCUCGGUUCGUUCUACUGCCCUGCAUGGCGCGACGUCUUGAGGCGGGGAUUGGGGGGGAUUGAUAUGAAACGGUUUACGGAGGAUGAAGAAAUGGUGGAAUAUAACGGACAUCAUCACUUAUGGGGCUUUACGAUUGAAAACGAUAAAGUUAUGAAAGCGGAGAAGAUAGUAACCUAUGAGGUCAUCGAGAAGGCUAUAAUUCGGACGGGUCUUAAAGGCGCGCCCGGCCCAGACCCAAGAGAUUUGGUAAAAGAGGAGAAUGCAAAGCGCUGUGUAGUUUGUGGACAGGCGAUUUGUGAUUGUCCGUCACAUGUGUGGGCGCCCUGUUUGGUAGAGAUCGUUGAUGUUGGUACGAGAGGAUUUGGUGUCCGGGCUUUACAGGUAAGCAGCUCACGUCAUUUAGAUAUUGGUGCCACCGAGGCGUAA